AUGAGAACGUUAUUGUUGUUGCUUCUCUUCUGUCAUGUUUCAUCAGCAGUGCUACACUCCAUGAAGUUUUUCAUAACUUCAUCAACUGGAAUCCCAAACAUCCCAGACGUUGUGGUGACGCUGGAGAUUGAUGAACUUCUGUUGGGGUACUGUGACAGCAACAAAACGAUUGAUCUAAAACUGGAUUUUGCUAAAUCAUACUGCACAGAGAAUCCAGAGCAGUUGGAGUGGUACAAACAAAUGUGCUUCCACUUUUUGCCAACCUCCAUCAAAGCCUACACAAACAUUUUGAGCCAUUUCUUCCACCAAACUGGAGGUGACCAUGUUGUGCAGGUGUUGGGAGGUUGUGAGUGGGAUGAUGAGACUGAAGAGGUCAAAGGUUUCGCUCAGAUUGGUUAUGAUGGAGAAGACUUUAAGGAAUUUGAUCCGAAUACAUCUAGAUGGAUCGCUCAAAGACCUGAGGCUUUCCCUGCCAAACUAUUAUUGGAUGCCAAUAAAGAAUUAGGAAUAAAAAUUAAGACUGUUUUGACUCAGACUUUUCCUGAGCACAUGAAGACUUAUGUGAAGUAUGGGCGGAGCGCUCUGCUGAGAACAGAGCUUCCCUCAGUGUCUCUCCUCCAGAAGACUCCCUCCUCUCCAGUCAGCUGCCUCGCUACAGGUUUCUACCCUCACAGAGCCUCACUCGUCUGGAGGAAAGAUGGAGAGGAGCUUCAUGAGGAGGUGGACCACGGAGAGAUCCUCCCCAACCAAGAUGGAACCUUCCAGAUGAGGGUUGACCUGAACCUUUCAUCAGUCACACCUGAAGACUGGACCAGGUACGACUGUGUGUUUCAGCUCGCUGGUGUGAAGAAGGACAUCAUCACCAGACUGGAGAAAGAUCGGAUCAGAACCAACGAACUGAAGCCCAGUAACAUGACCGUCCUCGUCACUGCUGCAGUGGUUGUUCUUUCUCUCAUUCUCAUCGGUGCUGCUGGAUUCAUUGUUUACAAAAAGAAGAAAGCCAUCAGCCCUCCAUCUGCUCCUGACAACAGUGCAGAGCUCUCUGAGCAGCUGAAUCCAGAGACCUGAAUGACAAACACACUCAGUGAAUCUCUAAAGACAGUAAAAGAUGGCUUCUUGCAUUAUAAGUAAUGUUAUAUAAGAAGGAUUGAAAAGGUGUGACUGUUCUAUGUUCUAUCACUCUGAUUGGUUGUUUUAUUGAUUGUUGUUUUCUGUUGAAUUCAUUCUCAAAAUAAUCAGUGGACAGCAUGUGACCAGACUUAGUUACAAACUAUUCUAACUCUAACUUUACAACUUGUACAUUGAUCUGUUUAUAGAAAACAUAUAUAUCAAAUUUGUUGUAAGAGAUUAAGUGGUGGUGACUUUAACUGGUGACCGUGAUGUCGUCUGUGUACAAGCAAACAUUAGCUCUUUACUAAACGAGAUUCAAUUUACACUUCAAAAGUUGUGUGUGUUCAUCUGUGAAGAUUAUUUUAACAAACAAAACAUGUAAGAAUCAUA